AUGCCGGAUAUUUACUUCGAUUAUGAGCAGGCUUUGAAAUAUGUGCAUUGCGUUUGUGCUCCGUGUCAUGUUAUCCUGAUUUCAAUUGAACCAAAUCCAACUCAAGCCAUGUCUGACGAAGAGGAAGUGUACUCUGAUGAGGAGGUAGAGGAGGAAGAGGUCGAGGAGACCGAAGAAGCUCCAGUCGAGGAGGCUGAGGAGCCAGAGGAGACCACGGAGGAGGUUGUUGCUCCACCAGAGGUCAAGGAGCGUCGUGCUCCAGUCCAGGAGGAAAAGCCACCAGCAGAGAUGACUGAGGCUGAGAUCGCCAUGAUGGCUGCCAAGAAGCGUCACGAGGAAGAGGAAGCCGCCAAGCUUCUCGACUACGAGCAACGCCGUGUCCUUGAGAAGGAGCAAAUCGAACAAGAACUCCGUGAGCUUAAGGAGAAGCAAGAGAAGCGUCGUGCUGAACGCGAAGAGGACGAGCGUCAAUUUGCUGAACGAAGACGUCAAGAUGACGAACGCCGUAGAAAGGAAGAGGAAGAUCGCAAGGCAAAGUCUGACGCCGAGAAGGCCCGCAAGAAUGAGGAGAAGGUUCGCCGUCAGCAAAUGAUGGCUGGAGCUUUCAACGGAAGAGUCGAAGCAGGCGCUGGGCGCAACUUCACUGUCACCUCCAAGGGAGACCAAGCCGCUCAGUUCGGAAACUUGGCCCAAGGAAAAGGAAAGGACACCUUGAGCAAGGAACAACUCGAGGAUGCCAAGAGAAACUUCUUGGCGGCCGUAUGCCGUCAACAAGACGUCUCUGGACUUCUUCCAAACGACUUGAAGGAGAGAAUCAAGACCCUUCACGCUCGUAUCGUCAAGCUCGAGGCUGAGAAGUACGAUUUGGAGAAGAGACGUGAACGUCAAGAAUAUGACAUGAAGGAGUUGCACGAGCGUCAACGCCAAGCCGCCCGUAACAAGGCUCUCAAGAAGGGACUUGACCCAGAGGAGGCCGCCUCAUCCGUUCACCCACCAAAGAUCACCACUGCUUCCAAAUUCGACCGUCAAACCGACAGAAGAUCAUAUGGUGACCGUCGGUACUUGUUCGAGAACCAAGAGCCGGAAAAGCAAGCCUCCCUCGUCCGCGGAAGUGGAAGACCACCAGCAGAGUGGGGACGCAAGACCAAUGAGGAACUCGAGCAGAUCCGCAAGAACUUGGAACCACCAAAGUACGUCGAGCAGGUGAAGGUCGAGGGAGCCAGAGCUCCAGUCGAGUUCAUCCCACUCACCGUCCCAACUGAUGACUUCGAGCCACAACAAAUCGAAGACCCAAAUGUUGGAGAGGAGGUCGUUGUCGAAUAA